AUGAAGUACGGCGAGCAGCUCGAGCGCGAGUCUGCGCCGCAAUGGAGUCUCCACAACCUCGACUACAACUCGCUCAAGCACGAGAUCAAGAUGCACACCACCCGCGACCAGGCCACCGCCAUGGUCAUUCCCGGCUAUGAGGAUCCCGCCCUCGCCAAGUUUGAAAACGCCCUCUUUGCCGAACUCUGCCGCCAACACGACCGAGUCGACAUGUUUGUGAGCAGCAAAGCCGACGAAAUUUUCCGUCGAAUGGAACAUCUCGAAUCCAACACAAAACGGUGGAUACAAAAAUACGACCAAGAACCUACCUCGGCCAACCUCGCCAUGAAGCGCCAGCGCCGAUUCGCCAAGUACGAGCGCGAGCUCCUCAACUGCGGCGACGACAUUUACGCCCUAGAGCGCUUCUCCAAGGCUCAAGUCACUGCCUUUCGCAAGAUUUUAAAAAAGUACAAGAAAUGGACAGGCUCAACCGCCCUCAAUGCCCGCUUCAACGAACAGGUCCUCAGCAGCUUCAAGAGCUUCACCCGCCGCGACUUUGCCCCUCUGCGUCAGCGCCACUCCGAGAUCCUCGCUCGUCUGCGCGACGCCGCCCCCGCCAUAAGCGAGCCCAGCUCCCCGUCCUCGGUCGAGCUCCCGCCCUCGCCCGCCAGUACCGCCGUCCACGAGCCGCGCGUCACCUUUGACCCGCUGCCGCCCGCUGCCGCCGCCCAGCCCAAAUACUGGAACGAGUACGACGACGGCAGCGACGCUGGCGGCGACGAUGACGGCGGCUACGCCAUCUACAUCAACCCCGACGAGGACUCGUCCUUUCCCGGCAUGGAAUAUGUCAACGCCAUCGUCACCAUGCCCUACCACAAAAUCCGCGGCUGGUUCAAGCUCAAGGACCAGCGUGAGCGCCGUCCCUUGCUGUCCGAUGAUCGAUACGGCGGCGGCGGCGGCUACUCGUCGGCCGGCGGCGCGCACACCGACUCGGACGAGGAGGCCGGCUACGCGAGCUCCGACUGCAUCCCCACCGAGGGCUACAGCACGCACUACGCCACGUUUCCCAGCAUCAACGAGCAGCAGAUCCGGCGGUACCGCGAGCGCGUGCUCUUCUGGGGCACCCUGGCCUCGUUUGCCGCCGCGUACAUGCUCAUGGGCGUCGCGGCCAUCCUCAUCUCGGCCGGCAAGCGCAAGCUGCGCGUCGAGGUGGACGUGGGCGUCACCGUGGGCGUCAUGAUGAGUCUGUGCUGCUCGUGCGCCGGCCUGGGCAUGACGCUGUACCGCCAGGACAGGCUGGCGGUGCUGACUAGGCUGGCGGUGUGGCUGGCGUUUACGACGUCGUGUCUGGUCAACGGCAUGCUGCUGAUACUCGUCGUGGGCAACACGCCGUAA